AUGAUAAUGAUGAUGAUGAUGAUGAUAAUGAUGAUAAACUUGUUAAUUAUAACAAUAUUAAUAAUAAUAAUAAUGUUCAACAGCAACGAAAAUUAUUUCGUAUAACCGAUUCAAGAACGGCUACAAUUCAUACAAUGAAUGGUAGAAAAAAACCCGGUUUCAGUCAGGUAUUAAUGACUGCACAGAAUAAUAAUGAUCGAUCAUGGCCUAAUCAUCCACAACAACAACAACAACAACAAAGAUUAUCCGAAUCAGAAACAAUAACAGCUGAUCGAUUAAUAUCUGAAGAUUGUGUUCAAUUUCCAAAACCAUUAUCAGCCAUGAAUAAUGUUGAUUUAAAAGAUGUUGUUGAUGAACAACAACAACAAGAUAAAAUAUCAACAAAAUCUGUGCUUGGAUCACAACCAAUGAUGGCUAGAAAUCUUCCAUAUCGUGUAUUAUAUCGUAUACAACCGACAACAUUAAAUAAUAAUAAUAAUCCAAAUAAUAUAUAUGGUUUAAAUAAUAAUCGUCGAAAAAUGCAUACAAAUGGAUUGAAUAGUUUUAAUUAUAUGCCACCAUCAAAUCUAAUACGUUUGUUUGGUGAAUCAUCGGUACCUGGUGUUCGUGAUAUAGCAUUAUCACAAUCAUUCGUACGUCGUAUGUUUUGGAUUUGUUCAUUUUUUUUCUUUGGUUUUUUGGCAUUACGUGAUAUAUCACAAUUAGUAUCGGAAUAUUAUACAUAUCCAAUUACGGUUGAUGUACGAUUACGUGAUAGUCGUCGUUUACAAUUUCCAGCUGUUACUGUUUGUAAUCUAAAUAUUGUACGUUAUUCAGCACUUUGUAUGAGUAAUUCAUCGGUUAUUAAAGAUUCAAUGAUACCAAGAGAUUUACGUGAAAAAUUAUGUGGUAUUCAGCCACCAUUAGCGGCAGCAGCAGCAGCAGCUGCCGCAACAACUACUAGCGAUUCAUCAUUAAUGUCAACAACAACACCACCAUCAGCAUCAACUGGUGCAACAACUGGAAAAUUGAUAACAACUGCACAACCAACAAUUCGUACAACUAAAUCUAAAUCUCGUGGUGGUGGUGGUGGUCAUCAUUCAUCAUCAUCAAAUCGAACACCAAAAACAUCAACAAAAACAUUAAUACGUACAACAACAAUGUCAACAACAACACCAUUACCAACAAAUUCCGAUACAAACGAUGGAAUGGAUGAUAUUAAUACAUAUGGUGUUGCUAGUAAUUUUAGUGAUACUGGUUUAAAUGAUACUUUAUUAUUAAAUGGUACAGAUAUUGAUUCGAAUAUGACUGCCGAAUCAUCAUCAUCAUCAUCAUCGUCAACAACAAUAACAACAGCAACAACAAUAACAACAAUGAAACCAUUAGUUGAUGAUAUACCGAAUGAUAUUGCCGGACCAAUCGAUAUACAAUUGGAUCGACCUAAACGUAAAGUUUCAAAAACAAAUACAGAUAAUUCGGAUAAAAAUAAUAAUAAUAAUAAUUCAACAAAUGAUAAAGAUGGUAAUAAUCAAUCGGGUAAUAAUAAUAAUCAAAAACAAUCAUCAUCAUCAUCAUCAGCAACAACAAAAGAACCACCAGCAUAUUUUGAUAAUAUUGAAUUAACUGAAAGAGAAGAAAAAGAAUUACAAGAAAAUCUAACCAAUUGGUUGGCUGUUAUUUAUAAUUCGAAUGAAAAAAUUGCCAAACAAAUUGGUCAUCAAUUUGAAGAUUUAAUACUUCGUUGUACUAUACGUUCAACAAAUUGUGCUCAUGCAAAUAGUUUUGAACAUUUUUUUACACCAACCGAAGGUAAUUGUUUUACAUUUAAAUCACAAAAUCUACGUAAAACUAAUCUGGAACGUAUUAAAGAUGAAACAUCUAUUGCUGGUGUUAAUUAUGGUUUGGAAUUAGUAUUGAAUCUUGAGAUAAGUGAAUAUCUUAUUGGUACAGCACAGAUUGGUGCUAUAGUAAUGAUACAACAUCCAGAUGAAAUUGGUAAUUCGGCUUCGGAAGCUAUAUUUGUUGCACCAAAACAAUCAACUUAUAUUGGUAUGAAAAUGGUUAAUAUUAGUCGAUUACCGAAACCAUUUCCCGAAGAAUGUAUUGAUCAUUGGCCAGCCGGAUUAGUUGGACGAUUAACACAAAAUGCAUCUUAUUCACAGCAAGCAUGUUUGAAAAUUUGUCUACAACGAACCAUUCAUACACGUUGUCAAUGUCAAAGUGCUCAAUUACCACAAUUGGAAUUGAAUUCUACAUUGAAAAUUUGUGACACAAGACGUAAAGUAACUCGAAACUGUGUUGAAGAGGUAAUGUUUCAAGCUGAAGAAAAAGUAAGUACUUGUAAAUGUCCACCACGUUGUCAGGUAAUAAAUUAUGAUAAAACUGUUUCGAUGACAAAAUGGCCAACACGUGAAGAUCGUGUUACAUUUGAUCGUGGUAAAGUGGAUAUGAAUUUUCAAAAUUUAGCCAAAGUAACUGUAUAUUUUCAAACAAUGACCUGUCAAGAAGUAAGACAGGAAAAAGCCUAUACAACAGCAAAAUUAUUUUCAUCAUUGGGAGGUAUACUUGGAAUGUAUGUUGGUUUUAGUUUUCUAUCAUUAUUUGAAAUAUUAGAAAUAUUUGGCCGAAGAUUUUGGUAUAUUGUAACGAAAAAAAAUGUUCGUUUUCGUGCCGCUGUACAUGCUAUAACGGCAACAUUUGCAAUGAAACGACGUAAAAAACAACGUAAAGUUAAUAAUUUUAAUAAUAAUGAAAAAAAUCGUAAUGGUAAUGAUGGUGGUCUGAAUCAAAGAAAAAAAUGAAUUGAUUAACACAAAAAAAAGUUUGUUCG